GUUAAUAAUGUAGGUUAAUGCGGUGUUUUUACGGUGUUUUUGAUAAUGAAGCGCUAUGAAGGCUGGUUUAUAUAACAGGGAACACGCAGCGGGACCCGCAAUAAGAACAUCUUCACCUGGGUUUCAAUACAGCCUGGACAGCAAUGCGAGCCGCUUAUCGAUCCCUUAUCUAUUAUUAUUAUUAUUAUUAUUGUUAUUGUUAUUGUUAUAUACGACCGGCUUAUUCAUCGUCAGCGUUAUUCAUGCUGCUCUCCCUCUAGCGCCCUCCGAUGGAUAUCCUGCCCCUCUGCGCUCUGCUGCUCAGCCUGGCUCUGACAGCCUCCUGUGACCCCAGGAAAGAGAGACGAGAUGCCAGCCUGGAGAUCUAUAAGCGCUUGUUUGAGACGAAGCGACGAGAGCAGCUGGCCGCCCUGAAGAACCUGGUGGAGCUGAAUGAUGUGAACCAGCAGUACAAGAUCAUAGACAUCAUGCUCAAGGGCUUGUUCAAGGUGCUGGAGGACUCCAGAGCCGUUCUCAUCGCUGCCAACGUGCAGCCGGACGACGCCUUCCCUCAGGAGGAGAAGCUCAAGGAAGCGUUCUCGCACGUCGUUGAGAACACGGCGUUCUUCGGGGACGUGGCUCUGCGCUUCCCCCGCAUCGUGCAUCACUACUAUGACCGCAACUCCAACUGGAACCUGCUGCUGCGCUGGGGCCUGGGCUUCUGCAACCAGACCGGCCUCUUCCAGCAGGGCGAGGGGGGGGGGCACCGCGAGCUGCUGGCACUGAUGGCUCAGGAAUUGGGGAUCAGUGAGAAAUCUCCAGACUUCAUCAACCCGUACCGCACCGAGAGAGACGAGGUGCUGCACACGGCCGACGAGUUCCAGAAAGUUCUCCGGGAGGAAGAGAAGAGACGCAGGAAAGAGGAGAGGAGGAGAGAGAUCCGCAAGGGACCCCGAAUCUCACGAUCAGAGCUGUAGAGGAGGGGAGGAGAGAGGAGAGAGGGAGAGAGAUCCACAGGUUUUUGAUAAAGGAUUUCAUUUUUUUUCAAUCCCUUACCUAAAAUAAAAAAAAAGGCCUUAUUUAAAAACUCUAGUGAAUCGAACAGUCAAACAAACUUAAUCGCUCUUACUGUGCAAGUCUCAGUCCGUGUCAUUUCUAGUUUAAAAUCAGUUCUCAAUUCUCAAUCUGCAAUCCCAGUACAAAUCAAUCCCAGCCCGCGUCGCUGAUCGAUCAGUCAGAAUCGCCGCCAGCAGCUCUGGGUGGAAAUGAGCUUCUCAGACCAGCGGCUACAAACGAGGUCAACUGAAGAAGACGCUGUCUGCCUGUCUGUCUGUCUGAAGAAAUCUCUGUCUGUCUGUGUGAAGAAGCAGCUGUCUGUCUGUCUGUGU